UGCGGCCUGUAGGGGUCAGGACGCUCUCUCGAGUACGUACCGUACGGCGGCGGUGAGGGUGUGGACGUCCCCCCAGCACUCAGAUAACAUAACCCCGCUAAUAACUUCUGCUCUCCAACUGCGUUACAUUGGAACACACGAGGCCUAUCUGGGUCGAGUACUCUGAUUGUGUCCCUCACUGUCCCAGAUGAGGGACUGAUGCUGGCCAGGACCCUCCUGAACCCUUCGGGCCGCCUCUCUCAACUGUUUAGUUCUGCAUUUACUCCCACGGGUGCACGCUAGGAGAAGAUCACCCCAGCCAAAAUGGACGACAUCUUUACGCAGUGCCGGGAAGGCAAUGCAGUAGCAGUUCGCUUGUGGUUGGACAAUACAGAGAAUGACCUCAACCAAGGAGAUGACCACGGCUUCAGCCCUCUCCACUGGGCAUGCAGGGAAGGCCGCUCCAGCGUGGUGGACAUGCUCAUCAUGAGAGGAGCUCGCAUUAACGUCAUGAACCGUGGAGACGACACGCCUCUUCACCUGGCCUCCAGCCACGGGCAUCGAGAAAUAGUGGGAAAGCUGAUCCAGUGCAAAGCAGACACAAAUGCAGCCAAUGAACAUGGGAACACUCCACUGCAUUACGCCUGCUUCUGGGGCCAAGACCAAGUGGCUGAGGACCUGCUGACUAAUGGGGCACAGGUGAGCAUCUGUAACAAAUAUGGGGAAACGCCCCUGGACAAAGCCAAACCUCACCUACGUGAACUCCUUGGAGAAAAGGCUGAGAAAAUGGGACAGAACAUGGCUAAAAUUCCCUUCAAGGAUUCAUUCUGGAAAGGCACCACCAGAACUCGACCCCGCAAUGGCACUUUGAACAAACAUGCAGGCGUUGACUACAAACAGCUUUCUCUUGUUGCUAAAAUAAAUGAGAACCAAUCAGGAGAGUUGUGGCAAGGGCGCUGGCAAGGGAAUGAAAUUGUUGUCAAGGUGCUAAAAGUUCGUGACUGGACCACAAGGAAAAGCAGAGACUUUAAUGAGGAGUAUCCCAAACUCAGGAUAUUUUCCCACCCGAAUGUCCUACCCAUGUUGGGAGCAUGUCAGUCUCCUCCCGCCCCUCACCCCAUCAUCAUCACACACUGGAUGCCUUAUGGCUCCCUCUACAACGUGCUGCAUGAAGGCACCAACUUUGUGGUGGACCAGACGCAGGCGGUGAAGUUUUCUCUGGACAUAGCUUGUGGAAUGGCUUUCUUACACACACUUGAACCCAUGAUCCCGCGUCAUUAUCUCAACAGCAAGAGUGUUAUGAUAGAUGAAGACAUGACAGCCAGGAUCAGCAUGGCAGACGUCAAGUUCUCCUUCCAGUGUCCAGGCAGGAUGUACUCGCCUGCAUGGGUAGCCCCUGAGGCCCUGCAGAAGAAGCCAGAAGACAUCAACCGUAGGUCAGCAGACAUGUGGAGCUUUGCUAUCCUGCUGUGGGAGCUGGUGACCAGAGAGGUUCCCUAUGCUGACCUAUCCAACAUGGAAAUUGGCAUGAAGGUUGCCUUGGAGGGUUUGAGGCCCACCAUCCCCCCCGGCAUCUCUCCCCACAUUUGCAAGCUCAUGAAGAUAUGCAUGAAUGAAGACCCAGCUAAGAGGCCUAAGUUUGACAUGAUUGUGCCAAUUCUGGAAAAAAUGCAGGACAAGUGAAAAAAAUCUCUCCUGCCAGCCUGUACCGAACCGAUGAAUUACUGGAUAUCUUCCCCCAGAUAUGACUCUGAUAUGGUGGUGUGGUGCUUACCAGUAUUGCCUUAAACUCUUUUAGUCUAAUGUUGCAUUCAACGCCACUGUAGCUUGUGCUUCUGAGAUGAAUCCAGCAGCAAUCACUUAUUUUAUAUUGUUUUUGUUGUCCUUUUUUUUUCUUCAAUGUGAUAUCAAGUUUUUACUAGUAUCCUCAAUUUUGUCACUGAUCUGCUGAUACUGUUUUCACAGGAGCUUUAUAUUGACUGUUCAUCUUUUAAACUGUAAUCAUGUGGACUGAAUAUAAUCUUAUUUAAGCGACUGAAUAACCUGUGGAGGUCAGCAUGACUGUCUGCUGCAACGCUUCAGGGGAUUUCAAGGCCUUAUUUUUAUCUGGACUUUUAAAAAGUCAUCCUCUAAAGUAACUGCUCCCUUAUAAUAAAAGUUGAGAAAUAACAUAUUAACCCAAAGCUUGUCUUGUUGGAAAAGGUUCAUAUUUGUUGUGUUUGCAACAAACUGUAUGCAACUGGCCAAGCAUGUCAGCUGUCUGAAGCCAAGCAUUUAAAUGUGAGAUUAAUGAGAAAAUGUUUAUGAAUUAGGUGAAGUUGGUCCAGUAACAGGAUUGUGCUACUAAGCUUGGCUGUGUCGUGAUGUGUAGAGCUCGGCCUGUCUUGAACAUUGGUCCCUGUCUGCAUCCUGUACAACACUGGCCAGAUGUCAGUGUUUAUUAUUGCAAUUAUGUCAGGAAUAUGCCUCCCAAGACUGCAGAUUUUGUCAUUAACGAGAUUAUUCAAUCAUACUAUCGUGAUCUAGUUAUAAAUUUUAACCAGUUUUAUUAUGAUUUGAAGUCUGCUAGCUGUCCUAGCACAAAGUAUCAUCGGCCUAAAGAUGUCCUGAAGGGUUGGCCCUCCCCUCAGGACGUAUUUUCAUGUCAAAUACUUAGUGUAGUGUCAUAACUAAAUACUGCACCCAGACUGUAAAUUACCCAUGGAAAUCGUAGGUACAGGUCUCCAUUUGUUUUGUUGUCGAGCAUGGGAACUGCCUUACCACCUCAUUUUAUGGCUACAUCAGAAGCUACUGCCAACAGAAGUUGGCUGCCGCAUUAAGGGCUGGUAUUACCAGCUUGCAAACUGUUCUAUUGUUUUUUCUCACUUGUUUUAUUAUUUUGGGCCGCUUGAUUACUUCUGAAUUUACACCAAUCUCAUAUGGAUUAUUAUAUGCUCCAUGUAUUGUUUCUGUGCCUCCACCAGCUUGCCCGUUUGUGCCGAAUCACAGGUUGAAGCCAAAAUCAAGAAUGACUUAUACAAAUGUAUGUAUUUAUAUAUAUAUAUAAGUAUAUUAAAAAGGAAAAGUAUGUGAAGCUUGAA